AUGGCCACCGAGAUCCUGGCAUCCAGCGCAUCCUCCGCCAAGGUGGGUCUGAGCCAGUCACCCGAUAGGCGGCGUCGGGCUGACCACCCGUCGGCAGUGACCCCCGAUGACGAAGCCGACAGUGGAUCCGUCAUGCCCGACAUGGUCCUGUCUGAGGAGGAGGCUGCUCGCAGGCUCAAGCGCCAUCUGGUUACCCGCCCGAUCAGCGAGCUGCGUGGCAACAGCGCAAGCAAUGAGGGCUCGGUCGCACGCAGCUACGGCAGCGUCGACACCAAUGACGAUGGCGGAUAUUCUGGCGACGACAACUACGAGGACGACGAUGGCCCUGACGACGAGGACGCAGAAAAUGUACCUGUCGAUCCGUUCACGCUAAAGUCUGGCGACAUAACCCACCACAUCUACAAGUGGCAGGAGGAGCAUGGCCAGACCCCCAGUCGUCGGCGCUCGUUCUCGGCAGUGGCAUCGGAUUCAGAGUGGGAUAUUCCAUAUACGCGCGACCAGAUCAGCGCCCCUGGUGGUUUCCGGCGCCAGUUUGUACAGGAGCGUGCGCUCCGCGAAGGUCGCCAGCCGGUCAACAUGCUGACUACCAAUUUCGUCGACUUCAUCGGGCUCUAUGGCCACUUUGCUGGCGGUGACUAUCCGAGUGAUGAAGAUGACGAUGUCGCAGACGAGGAUGAUUCCCUUGAGACUGAGGAGCAGGAUGCCGAAUCGCGUGCUACUGAGCGGUCCCCACUCAGGGGCAAGAAGGGUGCGAAGGCGUCGUCCCACGAUCUCAAGGCGACAGCAACACCACAAAAGGCGUUUUUCUUGCUGGUCAAGUCAUUCGUGGGCACCGGUGUGCUGGUCCUGCCGCGCGCUUUCUUUAACGGCGGGCUGAUCUUCUCCACCGUAUUGAUGUCGGGCAUUGCCUGGUAUGCUUUGCACUGUAUGGUUCUGCUUACCGAUGUCUACCUGAAGAUAGGCGGCAGUUACGGCGACUUGGCGCUGAAGCUGUACGGCAAGCCGCUCAAGUACUGCGUUCUGGUAUCGAUUGUUCUCGCCCAGCUAGGAUUUUGCUGCGCAUACGUGAUCUUUGUGUCAACCAACAUGCGCGAUCUGUGGAACUCGAUCACCAAUUGCCAGUACAACUACUCGCCCGAGUUCUGGAUCCUGGUCCAGCUCCUGGCGUACAUCCCUCUGGCCUUUGUGCGCAAGAUCAAAAAGUUUGCCUCGCUGUCCAUGCUCGGAAACCUGUUCAUCAUGGUUGGUCUUGCCUAUCUGUUCUACUACGACUUUUGGUCAAUCAUCACCAAGGGCCCAUCUGAGGUCACCCAGUUCAACCCCAGCCGCUUCCCCCUACUCGUUGGCACCGCUGCAUUCUCGUACGAGGGCAUCUCGCUAGUGAUCCCUAUUGUCGAGAGCAUGGAGAAGAAGGAAAAGUUCAACAUGGUUCUGACUGCUUCGCUGGUGAUCUGCGCCGGUCUGUUUGUAUGCAUCGGCGCAAUCUCCUACCUGGCAUUUGGCGACAAGGUUGAGACUGUGAUUCUGCUCAACCUGCCCAACGACUCGGCAUGGACUGUUGGUGUGCAGUUCUUGUACACGCUUGCCAUCAUCAUGUCUGUGCCCCUGCAGCUGUUCCCAGCCAUCCGUAUCAUCGAGUCCGGCAUGUUCACGCGCUCGGGCAAGGGCAACCCAGUUGUCAAGUGGCAGAAGAACCUGUUCCGUACCAUGAUGGUCGUGUUCAUCGCCAUGGUGGCCAUUUUCGGCGCCGACAAGCUGGACAACUUCAUCGCCCUGGUCGGCGCUGGUGCGUGCCUGCCGCUGUCGUUCCUGUACCCUGCCAUGCUGCACUACAAGGCUGUGGCCGAAACUCGCUGGGCCAAGACCAAGGACAUGGUCCUGAUCGUUAUUGCUCUGGUCUCCCUGGUCUACGUCACCUUCAUCAGCAUCCAGACAUGGGGGUCAGGUGCGCCGCCCCUGGACCGCUGCGCGAUUCCGUAG